AUGGCUAUGUUAGGAAAGUUCGAUGUACGCGAGGAUCCUGAACAAAAAGCAAAAUGUGAUGAAACAAUGGAAUUAUUAUUAGCUGCUGGGUAUUUUCGUGUGCGCAUCAAAGGUCUCUCUGACUUCGAUAAAGUAGUCGGUGGGCUAGCCUGGAGCAUUCAAGCAUGUAAUUUUGCUGUUGAUAUUGAUGUACUCUAUCAAGAAAAUGCUACACUCGGCCAAAAAUUAGAAUUAACCGAACGUAUUAUUCUUGUAUUAUCACGAAUGAAAUGUUCACAUCGUAUUGAACCUCAUCAAAUUCAAGGAGAAGAUUUCAUACACAUAUUUCCUGUUGUUCAAUGGCUUGUUAAACGAGUAUUUGAACGACGUGCUGAUAUCGGAGAUUUAAAUCGUGCUUAUGCAUUAAACCAAUAUGAUAAACAGUUUAAUGAGGCAGUCAAUGAUACUGAAUCAAUGCCAUUCAAAGAACAUAUUCAAGAUAUUCGAAUUCGCCAUCGUCCUAAGCGUCGUUUUCGUUGUUUGGAUAGUAAAAAAAAGCAAUUAAAUAAUACCGAUGAACGUCGUAAGCGAGUACAUUCAACUCUUGUUGAGUUCGGUCAAAUGCAUCAAUUAUUAAACACAUCGGCAGGAAAUGAAAAACCCGAGCAAGAUGUUGAUGCAUUAAUUAAAAAUAUGGUUGAUGAAAAAUCAAAAAUUGCUACGCAAAUUGUUAAUUCAUUGGUUACUCAACAACAAGAUACACUACGUGGAAUAAUUGAAGAUUUCGAAGAAAAAGAAAAAGCUCGUCUUGAAGAAGCACUUCUAUCUGAAGGUGGUCAACAACAAUUGGCAAUACGCACAUUUAAAGUUCAAUUAAACAAACAAUUAGAGCGAAUAGGUAAAUUGCAAAAAGAUAUAGAUGAACUACAAAACAGAAAAGAGCAAACAAAAAAUUCGGCACUUGAAGUUAAAGAACAAUAUGAAAAACUUCGAGAAGAAAUUGAAGAAAUUGAAAGACAAACGGAAAAUGUUGAUCCUGAAGCUCUAAAACGAGUUGAAGCGCUUGUGGCAGAUUAUGAAACAACAAAAAAAGAAGAAAAUGAACGACGUACACUAUAUAAAGAUGAAAAAACUAUACUUGAAGAAGAACUUGAGAAGUUACAAGCACGUUUAAAUGCAUCAUCCGAUAUGGAUACUCCUGAGAAUGAAAAAAUGAAACAAAUUCAAGAACAAUAUCAAGCAGUAUCUGACCGGAUACAAUCACAACGUCUUGUUAUGGCAAAAAAAGUACGGGAAAUAUCGGCGCUUAGUCGACGUAUCGAUGAUAUACCAUCAUCAAAUGAACUAGCUCAAUAUCGUCAAGCAUUUUUUCAAUUAUUUAAUCAAAGUGCAGUUUUAUAUCGGCAAACAAAACAAAAUUAUACAUUGUAUAACACGUUUACUGAUAUGAUUGAUUAUAUGACAAAGGAAAUAAAACUAAUUGAAUCGAUUCAUGAAGGUUAUCCACAAGCAAUCGGAUCAUCAUCUUCAAGAGAACAUUUUCUUAAACAAUUAGAAAGUAUAGCUGAAAGCGUAAAACAAAGCCGAAUGAAAAUUGAACAACGACAACAAAAAGAAAAAUCAAAACGUGAUACGUUAAAGAUACAAUUUGCUCAAUUAAUUGAAAAAGCACGACAAUAUGCAAAAGUUCUGAAGGAUUUUCAAGAAGCUAUUCGAGAAAACGAACAUCUUACAUCGAAACCUAAAUAG